UCACAUGCACAUAUCUGUUUUCUUCUUUUAAUGUGAUUUAUUUUAUGUUUCCUUUUUUCUGUUGCUCUUCAAGCAUUCAUUUAAUUGGUCAUUUUCUUUUUGGUUCUCUCUGUCCCCCCCCUUUUUUUAUUUAUUUUGCUUAUAUGUGGGGUACUGGGUGCUCAGGCGAAGGGAACCGCGCCUACUUGUAACCAGUUUAACAGCUAGUCCUUCUUGUAGUGACAGUGUGCCAUCUUUAGACACCAGUCUGAGACUCAACACGGAAUUGGUGGAGACCUGUCAGGACAUGCUUGUUCGCUACACGUACGGAAUGUGCUCCACUCUACCGAGAAGGUCACCUGUCAGUCAAUUCCUACUGGAGAAUGGCCAGCAAAGCAGCUGGUUGUUGGGCACGAUGCUUAUCACAAUUACAACCAGUGGCUGUGGCACAAAGACAUUUAAAAAUGGAAUGUGUGAUAGAUGUUACAGGUUGUGUAAAACUGACUCUGACGACAGACCAGAAUCGGGUAAUGUUCCUGUGCAGAAAAGUCGAAGUUCGGGAGAGAUAUUGUCCUCUAGACGGCGACACAAGUCAGCGAUUCAACGAAGCACUAGUAGUGAAGUCAGUCAGCACAGUUUGCCUCAAUCUAAAGAUGACAUUCAAAUUCGACAUCAAUCCUUUGAAGAGAUUUCAACCAGGGGGACAAAACAGAACGUGGAAACGAAAGAUAGUACUCAACAUUCCUCCACUUGUUUACAGCAAGAUGCAGUUACAGAAGAACAGAACCUAGACAGACUUGUUCCUAGCUUAAGAGAUGGUCAGAAAUCAUCAGAGAAAGGAACCUCUCAACUCUGCAGCUGUUGGUGCCAAGGUUGGGCAGAAGUCCACAUACGACGUCCUUCGGGAAAUAUCUCUUGGAUGAUGAGGAUACAGAAUGCAAUGUUUUUCCCGUCGUCACCUCCAGAUUUCCCGCUUCCGGAUAUCACAGCUCUUUUUUCACCCUCCCGACAAGAAGACAGAGACCGAAGUGAAGUAGCAAGCCACAAAAGAAUUGACAGUGAGAGCCUUGAAGAAAAUGAAUAUGAAGCUAUUCACAAGAAACACUUCUGUCCCCAGAAUUCCCCAGUAGUUGUCAGUAGUUCAGACUGUCAGAAGGUGGAACAGCAGCAGCAACAGAACAGGUCUGAUGACCAGAGUUUAGCAAACCCUUCUGUAUCCAGUUCAGAUAAACCAGCUAGGAUCGCUCUUCGUCGCACCAAUUCAAGCCCAGAAAUGAGAGGCAAAUGGCCAGAUACUUCUUCACCCCUAAGCAAGAUCGAUUCACCGGGAAAGAUGCUGGUGAUGGGAACGACAUCCUCGGUGUCUCAAUCUCUAAAACCUGCUGUAGAUGAUGACAAAAGUUUAUUAACUUCCGUUCAAUCCCAAAAUAUUGACCCCUCAGUAAAAGAAUUAUCCUCUGUGGACACAGCUUCAGAAAAAGAGGUUUCCAAGAAGCUCAUGACACAAGAUUCUAGUUCUCAGAAGGUAUUGGUAGCUUCCCAGCAAGAUAAAGAUGUUGUAAAACAAGUUGAAGAAUCUACACCGGUGAUGAAACAAAGUGACUCUGAGGGGAAGCUAGAAAGAGAAAGUGGUCGCAGCUCAAUGAGAAGAUCACCGAGGAAAGAAGAGCGCUACGAAUCUAUUCCUGAAGAACCAAAGACGGGAAGCGACCAAGAAUCGCCCGAAAAACUAUUGAAGCAUGGAAUGAAAGAGAAGCUGCGAUUAGAUUUGAGUAACGUAAACCAACCUUCUGAUCCGAACAAAUCAGCAGUGAGUCCCGUUCCUCCUCACUCUGCCAGCCCAUUCUUUAAAACAAGGUCUCCUCCAAGAAGCCCACCGUUGAAAGGAAAUGUGUCUCCGCCUGCAACAGGUUACCACCGAGAACGUGUACAUACCAUCUCAGUUAUGAGUCCUGUCCAGUCUAAAAGAAGUUCCUCAGAAAUGCUAAGAAAAGUAUCCAGUCCUUACCGAGACAUGUAUCGAAGUGGUUUGAGUCCUAG